AUGAUGACAACACCAACCAACUCUAAACCACAAUUAACAAGUUUAAGAUAUAGAGGAUAUGUUCAAUUUGCACAAGUUUUAAUGGCAUUCCAUGGAGUUGACUAUGACAUGUGCUAUGUUGACAAAAUAGAUGACCAAUUAAGAAAGGAACUCAAAUUUGACCAAUUACCAUUAUUCCGUGAAACCGAUGGUUUCAAAUUAAAUCAAUCAUUAGCCAUUACCAAAUGGGUUGGUGAUAAAUAUGACUUUAUUGGUAAAUCAUCCAAAGAAAGAGCUCUCGUUGUUGAAACGGUUGCAUGUGUUCAUACUGAUAUUGUCAUGCCAGCAAUCAGAUCUGUUUUAACUGGUCAAGGUAGAGAUAGAAUUAUUAAUGUUGUAAUUCCAAGAUAUUUCGGAGCAUUUGAAAAAGUAUUAACAGAGAAUAAAUAUCUUGCAUGUGGUGAUUCACUUACCAUUGCAGAUCUUUAUUGUUAUGUUGCCUAUGAUUAUCUUGGCCAUCUUGGAUUUGCACCAGAUCAUUUACAAGGUAAAUUCCCAAAGAUUGACUGCUUAAAGAAUCACUUUGAAUCAAAUAAAAAUGUUCAAGAAUAUCUCAAAAAGAGACCAGACGAUAAUGAAUUCUUUAAAAAUCUUCCAGAUUGGUUAAAGAAAGAUUCAUGUCCAACAAUGAGCUGUUAA